UUGUCGCUCGAUCCUACGGAAGAGUUGGUCGCGAGAAAGUUGAAGUCCACGAGAAGUUGGGACAUAGUUUUUGGCCGACCGUUUUUUUUCCGACACACUUCCGACACCGUUUCAACAACUCUAGGCGACGGUGGGGUCGUAUCAAAGAAGGGGGAAAUGGAGGCAGAGCAGAAACCGGUUGGAGCCAAAGCCGUCCACUUGCCACCGACUCUUGAUGCAGCAGAGUCAUCGCCAACCAAAAGACCACGUUUGGACGGUGCCAAGCCAAAGAACAAGAAGGAGAAGCACAAACACAAACACAAGAACAAAGACCACCAUCACCACAAACACUCCGGCAGCGAAUCAAAACCCGUCAAACCGGUCGACGGUAGCAGGCCAAACGGGAAAGUCUCCUCUUCAGUCAAGAAGGAACCAGUUACGCCUGUCAAGCAGAGAAAGCCCAUGAUUUCCGAAUCGGAUGAUGAUGAUAUGAUUCCACUGGCCGUCUCCAGAGUAAAGGCACCAAAGGAGGCCCCGGCGGUGGUAGCAGCAGCACAGAUGACUCCGCCCACAUCCAGUCGGCCACACCCACUUCCUGUCAAAGAGGAAGUCAAUCGCUCUACGGCCGACCCAAAACCAAAAGUUGUACCGAUGGUAAAGAGAGAGAGCUCUGCAGACGAAAACGGAGGACCGCUAGCCAAGAAAAAGUCACAACCAGCACCCACUGUCAAGGCAAAAGAGGAGCCUGUGACAGCCAGCCCCAGCAAACCACCCUCUGCUAGAAAGAGGAAAAAGUCGCCAAGUGACUUAAAUGAUGAUGUUGAGGAUUUCACGCCCAAAAAGAGUAAGAUGGCCUCAAAAUCAAAAGCCACACCCACCCCAAAGGCCAAGGCUAAAGCCACACCCACCUCGGAGAAAAAGGAAUCAAAGUCGCCCAGAGCGACAGGGAAGAAAGCCACCCCAAAAUCAACCGAAGCUAGUCCCCAGAAGGGAGGUGGUCGGAGGAAAAAGGAGGAGGCGCAGGAGGUGUGGAAAUGGUGGCUGGAAGACAAACACCCUGAGGGUGUCAAAUGGGUCACGCUAGAACACAAGGGUCCCUAUUUCGCCCCUGCGUACGAGCGGCUACCACGAGGGGUCCAACUAAUGUACAAUGGGAAUCAGAUGGAGCUCUCCGAGGGGGCCGAAGAGGCCGCAGGUUUCUUUGCCAAGAUGUUGGACCACGACUACACCAAGAAGGACAUCUUCUGCGACAACUUCUUUGCCGAUUGGAGGAAGGAGAUGACGAGAGAGGAGGCUGCACGAAUCAAAGAUUUGCAAAAGUGUGACUUCACUCAGAUCCACGAGCACUACAAAGAGCGGUCGGAGGCUCGCAAAGCCAUGACCAAGGAGGAGAAGAAGAAACUAAAGGAGGAAAACGACAAGAUAGCGGAGGAAUACGGCUGGGCCGUUGUCGAUGGUCACCGGCAGAAGAUUGGUAACUUUAAGACGGAGCCUCCAGGUCUGUUCCGAGGUAGAGGAGACCACCCCAAGCAAGGCAGGAUAAAGCGGAGGAUUGAGGCCGAAGAUGUCACCAUCAACAUUGGAAAAGGUGUUUCAGUCCCUGAACCUCCAGAAGGCCAUCAGUGGAAGUCAGUUCAACAUGACAACAAGGUGACGUGGCUGGCCUCCUGGACAGAGAACAUACAGGGGGCCAUAAAGUACGUCAUGCUGAACCCCACCUCCAAGAUCAAGGGAGAGAAAGACUGGCAAAAGUACGAGACGUCAAGGAAGCUGAAAACGAAAGUCGACGACUUACGAACUCAAUACGCGGAAGACUGGAAAUCUAAGGAAAUGAAAGUCCGACAAAUAGGUGUGGCGAUGUACUUCAUUGACAAGCUGGCCCUGAGAGCUGGAAACGAAAAAGAUUCCGAUGAAACGGCAGACACCGUCGGUUGCUGCUCGUUGCGAGUGGAACACAUCACACUCCAUGAAGAGUUGGACGGCAAAGAGUUUGUCGUGGAGUUCGAUUUCCUCGGGAAGGACUCCAUUCGAUACUACAACAGAGUCCCGGUGGAGAAGCAGGCGUUCAAGAACCUGAAACUGUUUGUGAAAGACAAGCAGCCGUCGGACGAUCUCUUCGACAGACUCACGACGACGGUGCUCAACAAGUACCUCCAAGAGCAAAUGGAAGGGUUGACGGCGAAAGUGUUCCGAACCUACAACGCCUCGAUCACCCUCCAGGAGCAGCUGGAAGAACUCACAGUCGAAGAGGAAACUGUGCCGUCAAAGAUCCUCUCUUACAAUAGGGCCAAUAGAGCAGUCGCCAUUCUCUGCAACCACCAGGUUUGUGUGGUUUGGCACUUAUGCAAUAAUAGAACUUUCCAAUUUGGUGGCAUAUGAAUAUUUUCGCCGGGUUGCCCCAUACAUCAAACCUAGAAAUUCUUGAAUAUUUUCGCGGUCAUUACUUCAUGUUUAUCUCAUAAAAGUAGUACAUGUUUCCAUUGUCUUGUUCAUUGUCUAGUCUAACCCCUAGCCCCGCCCCCUUCUCGUGUUUCAUUGUCUAUGAUAUAUAAUUAUGAAGUAAGAAUCGUUCUCACCCUCCAAAGUCUUUUAUCGUACAUUUCGUAUUUCCCCCUCUCCUCCCCCCUGGCAGCGAGCUCCUCCGAAGACGUUUGACCAGCAGUUGAGUAACCUGCAGGGCAAGGUGAGUGCAAAGGAGGAGACAAUUCUGGAGGUCAAGGCUGAAGUGAAGGCUCUCAAGAAGGAGGCAAAGGCCUCCAGAGACCCAAAAGUUGUAAAGAAGUUGGAGUCGAAGAAGAAGCGACUGGGGCAACUGGAGGAGCAGCUGCAGAAACUGGAAGUUCAGGCAACCGACAAACAAGAAAACAAAGAGAUAGCACUCGGGACGUCCAAACUGAACUACCUCGAUCCACGAAUCUCGGUCGCCUGGUGCAGAAAAUGGGACGUCCAAAUUGAGAAGAUUUACAACAAGACGCAGCGGGAGAAGUUUGCCUGGGCAAUCGAUAUGGCAGACGAAGAUUUCGUCUUUUGACAUUUUAGGAGAAUUUUGAGAGAAUCUUGAAUAAGACGCCCUGGAACUAACCUUUUUCAAGAACCUUGGCAUAUGUAUUAUACACAUCCCUUCUGUCAUCCUGUACUGACAACCUAUAUAUAUUAUAUUGUUCAGCUGUACAGACGGUUUAUAUAUCAUUGUGAAAUAUUAAUUAAUGUCAAACAGUGCAUUUAUAAGUACUGUUAUAUACUUCUUUUUUUCCAUUUUCUACACAUUUGCCCACUGCGUAUUUCUGUACACCUGCAUGACCAAUCAAUUUUCAACUUGUAUAAAAAAAAAAAAUUUAUCAUUGGGUAAAAAAUGCAGAAGAACAUGAAAUUUCACGUACAUUUAUAUCUAUAAUGCGCAACUCUUGAUUUGUACACAGCACGGCACAAGUGUUAUUUUCCGUUCUACUCUUUCUUCUUCUUGAUCAGCUCGGCCAGGUCACCCAUGAUCCUUGAUAUCAACAUUUCGAAAGUCCGUUGAGGAAGGACCGAUUUGAGAAAGAGAACAAACUUUGUCGACGCCGGGAGAAAUACUUCCGCUUUCUUCUCUCCCAUUCCGUACAGGAUGACACUUGCAACACGGUCAGGCUCAAGCAAGCCGAUAUUUCUCUCCCUGAUAGCUUCUAGUUCAGCGUUGACAUUAUCCCCGUGUUGAUGAAGGAUGGGUAGACGCACGUGACGCUGAUGCCUCGUUUUCCCGCGAGCGACAGUUCGCAACGGAGCGAAUCGGAGAAGCUGCGCACCGAAGCCUUCGCGGCGGCGUACGCAGCGACGUGCGGUCCUGGUACGUAUGCUGCGAAGGAGGCUACGUUGACGACGUAUCCGUAAUCGUUAUCCAUCAUCCACGGCAGGAAGGCGCGCAACGUCCAGAAGUGGGCCAGAGCAUUGACAGAGAACAUCUUGACGAUCGUCUCGUCCGUAAGCUCUCCGUCUAUGAAACUCCCGCGGAACCCUCCGACUCCAGCGUUGUUGAUUAGAACCGCAACGUCUCCGACCUCGUCCCGGACGCACUCCGCGGCGCGGUACACCGCCUCUCGCUCGGAGCAGUCCACCACAUAAGCGUGAGCGGUCCCACCGGCGUCCCUGAUCUCCCUCUCCACGGCGCGAACCUUCUCUUCGUCGAUGUCCCAGAGAACGAGCGUGGCUCCCCACUCGGUAGCCAGUUGGAGGGCAAGGUGCCUGCCCAGUCCCUGCGCCGCGCCCGUCACCAGGCAAAUGUCGGCGCUCAGGUCCGGUACCCUUGGUCUGAAUGGCCAGAGGCACGAGAAGAGGAGACAAAUAGCGCUCCAGAGAGAACUGCAGACGAUCCGGACACACAUCGUCACAGACAAAACCAUCGCAGGUGUUUUCUUUAAGGUCGAAGGUCGCACGUGACUAAGGUGUGCAAUAUUUAGAACAAUAAAACGCUGAUGUUUUUGCGUGCUGUGGCCGCUUUUAGAGAGAGAAUUACACUGCGUGUCCUCCUGCUCGUGAGUCUGGUUUUCCGACUGGCUCUACUGCUCUACGGAGAAUGGCAGGACUCGCGUUUCGCGGUCAAAUUCACCGACAUCGACUAUCACGUCUUCAGCGACGCCUCUCGUCACGUGAUCCACGGGGAGUCACCCUUCCUGAGGGCUACAUACAGGUACACACCGCUCCUGGCCUUCAUGCUAGUCCCCAACCAUCUCCUGUUCUUCUCGUUUGGAAAGGUCCUCUUCAUCCUCUGUGACUUGCUUGUGGGGUUGAUAAUCAACGAAAUACUCCGUCUGAAAGGGGUUAAACGACACUCCAGACUCCUGUCGGUAUCCGUCUGGCUCCUCAAUCCUCUCACGGCAACCGUUUCUGCUCGUGGAAACGCCGAGUCUUUCCUGGCAGUGUUGGUCCUCCUCUCCCUCCUGUGUCUCCUCCGCGGUCGUGUCACUCUCUCUGCCGUCACGUACGGUGCAGCAGUUCACGUCAAGAUAUUCCCUGCCAUCUAUUCGCUCCCAAUCCUCCUCUACCUGCAAGACAGAGACAACCCUGGAGCCGGAAGCUCCUGUCACAAACGUCUGUUCAAACCGAGCAGUUCGGUGGUGUCUUUACUACUGAAAAGGACGAGGGGGUUUCCUAAUGUUCAACAAUUGAGAUAUGUAGUGGUGUCGUCUGCAGUGUUUUUCUCCCUCACUGGGAUCUUUUACCUGCUAUAUGGCAGUGAAUUCGUACACGAGGCCUACCUCUACCACGUGACAAGACGCGACAUAAAGCACAACUUCUCUCCCUACUUCUAUCUCCUCUACCUCAUCCAGGGUACCAGCCUCUCUCUGCCGGUGGGCCUCCUGGCCUUCUUACCGCAGGUCGGUCUCCUCCUGGCAGCUGCCAUCAGCCUUCACAGAGACAUUGUGUUCUGCUGCUUCGUCCAGACUUUUGUCUUUGUCACUUUCAACAAAGUCUGUACUUCACAGUAUUUCCUGUGGUACCUGUGUCUCCUGCCACUCCUUCUUCCAUUCUCCAACAUGGGCCUCAGACAGUGGACAGCCAUAACCACCCUCUGGUUUACUGGACAAGGUGUUUGGCUGUUUCUGGCCUACUGUCUGGAGUUCAAAGGCUACAACACACUUCACUCUUACUGUGGUUGGCUGGACUUCUCUUCUUCGUCAUCAAUGUCUCUACUCUCACCAGAAUCAUCACCUCUCACUCCCUCACACCUCUCACACCCUCACAAGACACACCCACACCUCUCACACCCUCACAGGUCACCCAGUCACAAUCUUCAGAUACCACUCGUAA